CUUCGGACAUAUGUACGCCUGCCAACUGUGCUGAGUCUUUCCUGCUUCCUCCAACUCCUCUUCCUUCGUUGAUGCACCACGGUGCUUGCCCGGGCCUGGAGCGCUGGCAGCGAGUUGCUUCCUGUGCGACCCGUUCGUGACAUCCCCCCGCACCCGCUCUCACGCCUCGCCGCCCACAGAUGCACACCCACCCACUACCGCCAUGGACUCACGUUCUUCGUUGACCCCGCCCGCAAAGGCAAGACCUUCGACCUCCUCGUCGUCCAUCGCGUCCGCCAAGUCUCCCAGCGUACCGCAGCAGUCGUCAGCCAUGGCCUCCAGCUCGCGGACCGGAAGAGGGACGACGCCCACAGGCAAUCGCCCGUCCACCAAGGCUGCAGAGGGCGACAAGCCCACGCGACCCCCCAGCAAGGACAGUCUCAAGCAAAAAGCGACCAGGAAGCCCGAGGAAGGAUCAAAGCCCAGCCAGGCCGAAGAGCAACUACGAGCACUGAAGUCUGACUUCGAGGGCCUUCGCUCGCACCUCACCUGCAAGAUCUGCGAUCGUCUGCUCUAUCAACCGUAUACCAUUUCUUGCGGACACACGUACUGUUACAGUUGUCUAUGUACGUGGUUCGUCGCGAAUAAGGCCCGCAAGACAUGCCCGGAUUGUCGAGCAGUGGUCACGCAGCCCCCAGCACCUGCAUAUGUUAUCCGCGAGAUGGCAUGUGUCUUCAUCAGCCGAACCGAACUCCUUCCUGCAGGAGAAACGGCCGAACAACAUGCGCAAUGGCAAAAGGAGGAAGCAGACGCUGUUCAGCAGGACAAAGACAGCCAGGACCCCCGAACCGGAGGCCUGUUCAAAGGCUGUUUCCGCCCAAGUCGACAUCAUGCACCUUCGGUACGCGCUAUUCGAGAUCAAGAAGAUGGCGUGGACCGAUGUCCCAUGUGCAACUGGGAGCUGGAAGAUGGUGGAUGCGAGCAGUGUGGCCUGUUCUUCGAUGAGAACGGCGAGUUGACUUGGGGAGAUAGCUUUGCGGGCUUCUCCGACAUGGACGAAAUGUCCGAACAUGACAUGUCCAGUGAAGAUCUCGAUAUGGAUUUGGAGGACUACGACGGCGGCUAUGAUGAGGCGCUUGACGGGUGGCAUGGCGACGAGGGAUCUUUCAUGAUGCAAAGAUUCCUUGAGCACGGCAUCAAUCCAUACGCUGCCCAAAGGUUUCAGCGCAGAAUGCACAGCGACGCAGGUAGCAGACGAUCUUACAGUCAAAGCAUCAUCUCAGACAUGUACACGGACGAGAUGGACACCGUAGAAGAGGAAGACGAGGAGGAAAUGGAUGGUGACUCUUCCAUGAACGACUUCAUCGACGACGAUGACGAGCCCGCUUCGAAUACUUCGAGAAGUACCUCAUCUGCGGCAAGCGUGACCCCGCAACCUCCCAGCAAUCGCGCCAGAUUGCAAGGCAGGGCCCAGCGCGUCGUCGAGUCAGAAGCAUCGUCAACCAUAUCAAGCGCCAUUGCAGAAGAGGAUGAAGACGAAGAGGACCAGGGCCCAAUCCGACGAGGGCGGCGCAAUCCAGCGCAAACACGGAUCUUGAACCGUGCUAAUGGUCUGCGAAGUCCGACUGUCGGUACGUCGUCAACGUCAACAGACGCGUCAGGCGAACAGGAACUCGACGAGGACACGCAGGCAUUACUGCAGGCGGAGGGUUGGAUGCUACAGCACGAUGGACCGGAUGAGGAAAUGGAUGAGAAUGAGCUGAGUGAUGGGGCACAAACGACCGUUGGGUGGGACGCGACCGCGAUUUCCAAUGAUAGACUUCGAAUGGGUGGUUCUCUAACACCUACUGCAGAUCGACCACAGCCUAACGCGCCCAUACGUCCCCCCUCUCGAGUGGGCAACCCCCGGUUCCUAGAUGCAUCACGUGGCUUACGACGGCGAUCCUCCAUUCUCUCUACAUCCUCGGUGCACAUGGAAGACGGUGAGGCCGAUGACGACAAUUCCGACCUGGACAACGACGGUGACAUAGCAAUGGCUAUGAACUCACUACGUAACCGUCGAUCAAGAAUUCACCUUCGAAACUCCACCGCUCUUAAUAGCAAUAACACGGCUAAUCGCUCCUUGAAUCGAGGUGUUUCGAGCAAUAACCCCAUUGACUUGGAUACCGACGACAAUUCAGAUACUUCACAACCGGGACGCCAUCGCACGACACCGCAUAUACGUCCUCGAGCGUAUGAUUCACGAAUUAGUUGGAUGUUUGCUAAUCAUCAACGUAUCCUGCAGGAGGUCGAACGGCCUGGCCUGCUGGUUGAUGUGGAACAUCGCUCAACCACCCCAGUUGCCCGCCCAAGGACUUCCAACAGAAAUAGGCCCAGUCCGGCGCAGCAAUUCUCCCCUUUCCCCCCUCCGGCCCCCGCAAGGUUGCGUACUCCGCUGAUGGAUAUCUCGUCAAAUCCUGGCGUACCCUCCCGUGUACCAACUUCACCUGCUCAACGUGCAGUGAAUUCACCCGCCUCGCCUGGUGCAGCAUCUAAUCAAAGCGCUGCUACAGCAGACCGUGCCUCCUCCAUUGGCUCUACGAGCAACGCCUCGAGUACACUUUUCACACCUGGGUCGACUACACCAAAUUCGCAACGCUCCAUCAAUGCUACAUCUCAGGCACAGGCGGCUGCGGCCAUCGAUAUGAUCGAACGACCGCCUAGUAGGGUUGGGCCACGGCCGCCGUCUGCGGCUGGAAGGAGAACACCAGCGGGGUAUUCACCCGUAUAUCCAGUAUUCCCGCACGCCAAUGUGGGCCUGAACAUUCAAGGUCGCAUUCUUCAGAAUCAGCGUAUGGGUAAUCCUUGGGGCGCUUUCGUUCAGCCUCAUGGGGUCCGAGCACGCACCUCCCGCCCUGUGUUGAGAGACCAGUCGUCGACAGCAACCUUAAGACCAGCGAUGUCACGUGCGAAUAUGCGUGACGGUCUUAGUCAAACUCAAGGAAUGCGGACCCAAGCGUCGCGGAUUGAUCUACGUCACCAGCCUUCCCGGCGCCGUUUGAGUACUCAAGCGUCUACGCGGACGCUACGAGCCAGUGAACACGCUCGGCCCCCUCAAACGGCUGGUAACACGGCACCAUCUCCCAACCACUCGGUCCCUCGGCCCACAAGGUUUACUCCAGAUGAGCGGGAAAGCCUAGCCCGUGAGUUGAUCAACACCAGGAUGCGAGCGCUGGGAGGUGCUCAAGAAGCCAGCGCCAACCCUUCACGAACAAAUCCAUUUGCUCCCGGUUUCAGGCGACCUAACGCUGCUGCUGGCCUACCGUCGGCGGCCCCGUCAUCUGGUAACCCUCAGCACAUCAGGAGCAAUUCGAGUGGAAGUGUCAACUCUGGCGUUUCCGCUACUACAACGCAGGCUACACCAGUAUCACCGGCUCUUGGACGUCGCAGAAGCAAUCGAAACAUCAAUACGGCUCCUCCUCCUGCGCUUUCUCCGGCACAAGCGGCCUUCUCUCCACCGGCUACAACUUACACGAGCACCUACUUUAGAGCUCGGCAAGGAUCAUAUAGCGGAAGCAGUGCCACCUACGAAUCUUCGAUCAACACCAGCACGACAAGCCCGAUGGUUGCUGCCGCUGGGCCGCUGAUUUAAACUCGAAGUCCUCCGCGUUCGGGGGGUUAUCAGUCACCUGGCAUCGGCGUACAAGUCACCUAUCAUUGUUUUUAUUCACCGUGAGGAAGUUACUAGGAAUGGGGAAUGGACUGGGCUUCACGACUAUGUAUGAUCAUGAACGUUUUUCUUCGGUAUGAACAUUAGCACUUGGGCAUUGGUCAAUGCAUGAGCUCGGCGUCAUCAGAGGACAAAGUCCUUGAUUUGGGAAAGGUUUUGAUGGUACUCUUCUAUGUUUGUGUGCUUCCGGCGGCAUAGUCUACAUAGCGUGGCGUCACGGUCACUGGUAUUCUACUUUUUUUGGGCCUUGAUUAUUUCUAUCCCUCUCUACUUCCUACCUGCGAAUAUGUGCGCGAACUACGAUGACGUUGUAGAACGAGCAUAAGCAAUGCCGUG